AUGAAAGCUAUGACACCGACCACGACCAGCCAACGAGUAAGCGUUAUACAAACAGUACAAGAACACGUACAUCGGGUGCCGUAAACCGGUCCGACCUCAGUAAACACCGAAAUUCGUAGAAGAAACUCUCGGCUCUGAGGUUUCCCAUGAUAAUUGGCAAUCGAUUAUUAUUCUGAAGAAAUAAUUGCCGAACGCAAGCAACCCGGUGUUCAGACGUUUACGCGCGUACCCGUCGGUUGGGUAUUAUCCGAGAUAAUCUCCGGAUCCAAGCCGCGGGAUCCCACGACGCGUGAAGCGCCGAACCGAAGGAGAAUUCAAAGGCGGUUAACGGAAACACACCCCGUGACGUUAUGCGACACAACUCUCGAUCCAUCAGGCGCGUGUUGGUACAGGCUCAGUUCGUCCCCUUCUAGUGCGUCACCGAGCCCGCAUACGGGGGGUAUGAGUAAAUUCGGGACGUUGUUCAGUAAUACAUUUACGUUCAAUUUAAUUCGCUUUUACGCGUAUUGACGGUCGCGUAAAAAAAAAUCAAACGUUGAAAACUUUAAAAAAAAAAAAAAAAAGAACGCAAUCGUUUGCGUUCAACGGAAAUUAAUGUAAAUACGGAAUUCGGGCGAUUAUACAACUCUCGGUAUGACUAAAGGACGGUUACGGAUCGCGUGUUACAGCCGGCGAUAGUGUCGUCUGGCGAUGUUUACCCACGUCCCGUUGUCGUCAUAAAUCGGUGGUAAAAGUCUCAUGACACUGUAACGAUUUCCUGUAACGGUGUUCCAAAACCGUUCACGGCAAUGAUUGUCGGUGUCCGCGCGCGUUGAUAACGGCGACUCGCCAAAUGUCGGUAAGAGGCGAAACGAAGGGUCGUGUUAGUAUGUAUAGUCGUGUAGUUGCUGCGGGCGUAUUCUGUUUGCGUAACGUUAUCCGUGUUCGCGGGAAAUAAGAAAAAAAAAAACUUUUGUUCCCUAUGAUUACGAAAUUCUGAAGAAUCCACGCAAACCUUAUCAACGUUUACGCGGGGAAACUACAGGACAGCUUAUCGACCUUUGUCUUAACCGUUCACGUUAUAGUGACAACGUCAAUAAUCAGAGCCGAAACGUUCGCGUCGAAAGACUCGAGAUCACCGCAGUUGUGUAAUAACGUCAUUAUCAUGUAGGUCGGUGUGACAGAGAUUUUUUCACCAAAGGGCUACAAAAAAAAAAACUCUUGUCCCGCCGAAAAAACCAAACAAGUUAAACUUUAACUUUUAAGCGCCUACUUUAAUGUGCGUACAUCUUAGCAUAGUUGACAAAUCGAAUUAUUCGUUACGUGAUCGAUUGUUAUAAAUGAGAAAAAAACGUAUGGUAUAAGCAUAUUUUUUUGACGCGAGUGUGUAAACUCUUCGAAAUUCGAAAUUAUAUUUUCUUUUUUCAAUUCCACGCCGAAAAUUUACUCCGGCGGACCGAUUGCGAAACGAUCGCGGGCCGCAAUUGAUCGCCGCCCGAUCCAAAUCAUUACCGCAUUGUGCGCUACACACGUGCGCGGUUUCCGGUGUACGAUUUCCGGGACUAGAACGGUGAGCCGAGAAUUAUUGAAGUGGCCGACGGGCCGAAGCGACCGAAGCGCUGACGUUUGAUAUUAUUAUCGCGAUAACGAGAAACGAUAUGCCGUAUUUUAUAUUUACGUAUCCGCGGGCGUCCUAAACAAUAUCGAUGUUAAUCAAAGCGACUUUCCGCGAUUGGAUAUCGUACCGGUAUUAGACAUUCGCGUUUUCCGAUAUUAUAUUGAAUCAGUGACGUGUUUGCGCCACCGUUGUAGAUUUUGUUGUAUUUUAUUGUAUAAUAAUUUUCGAUUUUUAAAUAAUUUAAUGUUAACAAGUAAAAAUGUACAGGGAAUAAAUUCACAGUCAUAAUACAUGCCCUGUCGACCCGAUAUCCUGUCGGCCUACUUGGUUGUCGGAACAACGUCGCGAUCCCGGAAUGCCCGCGGAAUAAAAUAAUCCAAGUGUUUAAAUUAUUUACGAAAAUAAUAUGUUCAAAACGUUAUCGUUUUACCGCACGUAAUAAUCACGUAAUAUCGACUUUGAGUUAAAAAAAAAAUCUACUAUUAUUUGUUUAACCCAAGUUCGAAAAGAAAUCGCAAAUUUUUCUGAAAAAUGUUCACAUUCAUAACACUAAUACAGGGUAUAUAAUUUACCAGUUACAACGAUUUGAAAUUUAGACCGGAGAAGCAGAGCAGAGAUGUGUGAUAGUUAGGGCCCAGAUUUCAAUGCAAAAGCCAUUUUCAGUCGGCUCGCGUAACAGAUAUUUACUUCUAAAUUAAAAUUUUCCAUUUUCCAUUUUUUCAAGAAAAAUUUAAAAUUUUCUUAAAAGGCAUUUAAGAAUUUUGACAUUUACCAAACCAUUUUUCGACAGUUUUCAGGGCAUUUCUAAAACUCGUGAGCAUAAACAGUUUAAUAUGACAUUUAUUACUCUGCUCUACUCCUCCAAUAUAAAUUUAAAACUGUUACCUAUAUUUCGCAUGAUUUCAAUGAGACGAUUUAUAGUAAGUUAAGACACUUAAAAAGAAAAAAAAAACUACGUAUUAAAAUAUAACUUCCUAAAUGCAAUUUAAAUGCAAUUAAAGGUCUUCUGACUAAUGCAAAUUGUGUAAUUGUAUUCGUUUAUACCUACGCUUAAGAAUACAUUUUUAAUAUUAUACCGUUCUGGUGUUGUUGUUUUUCUGCCCGACAUAAAAUCACUUAGCCAAUCGGACCUACUGUGAUUGAACUUUCUAAUUCCGUCUGUUGGUCGACGCCCACGAAACGAUUUAUUAUAUCGAUCGAUUAAAUAUUACUAUUUACACAUCUGUGUUGGUCAGGGAGACUUAGCAUUUCGUUAUUUCUUGUGUUUCGUGGAUUUGUUUCCCAACCUAUAAACUAUAUUUGAAAGUAUAAAAUGGACGUUUUUUCAGACUAUUAUUGAAUUACGUUUCUUCGGUUAAGGACGGGCCGUCGGGCGCAGACGGAAAAUAAUCAAAUUGCGCGCGUGUACAGCAAUAUACAAUUGAAUAGGUCAUAUUUUGACCUUAUCAGAAGGGAAUUUAUUUUUUUUAAAAAAAUGACGUUCUAAGGUGCUAUAAUUUUAUUGAUAAGGAGUAUAUUUUAAAGUAUAUUACGGAUUAUAAGACUCGAUGUCAAUAAAUUAAUAGUUGACUUAUUAUAUGAUGAUUAUUGGCAUUUAUAAUUUUAAUAUUUGUGCAUUUUAAUGAAAAGAAAUAUCCGAAAAAUUAAAAAUUGUUCGUGAUGGUGAUGUUGUGAUUACUGAAAUUCCAGUUCGCAGUUCACCAAACUACAAGAGACGAGCUAAGAGACGAGAAGAAGAAACGCAAGAAAAAUAA